AUGGACGAGCAAUCAUUCGAUCUGGCGAGUGAUAAUGACAGCGAAUAUGAAGACUAUCAAACCGAAGCAACAACACAACAGUUACCACCUCUUGUAACAUUUGCGACCAGUGGACUUCACUCAGACAAAAAACUUGCUCAAGUAAUACCGCCUCGAAGGCGCACACACUUCGAACAAAACGUCGCAGCUAGCGCAAAUAAGCAACAACGAAAUGAGUCACCACUCAAGUCGCUGAAUCAUAGCGCAACUGUGACUGCGGAUAGCGUUCUUCCAGCAAGAGGAAUCGUGGCCAAUAUUGUGCCUAUUGCACAGGCAAAGCCAAUCGUCUCUAACGGACAUAAUGCAAACGGUCAACCCCGAAUUAGCGGUUUUCCGAUUGGCGGAAUGGACUUCAAGUUGAAUACACAAGAUUUGGCCAUCGUCAGCAACAACCAUGUCAAAGAACAACUCGAAAAGGUUAUUAAGAGUCAAUCUGAUCUUAAUAAACCAAAGGAAAAAAGUGCUAAGAGUGGAAGUGAAGAACCAGUUGCUAACUUGAUGAAAUCAUCAAAGAAGAUUACUGAGGUUAAGUCAACAAAAUCAAGCAAGCAGACAUCAACUACGACAACGCCAUUUGUCGCCAAGAAAAUUGCUCUUAUAACGACGAAAACACCCGCAUUGGUCAAUGUUCUCGAUCCAUUUCAGCGGAAUCCCAUUCGAGAAAUGACCCAGUCAGGAGAUGAUUUCUCGGAGUCUGAUGAAACAACAAACGAGCUCGAACCGGCCGUACGCCUUGAACAGAAAAUAGCCAAUACGGUGCAGCUCGACCGAUUGACCUUGGAAUCUCAGAUACUGAAUGUGCGUGAUUUGGAGAUCGUACGAGAUCCACUGAAAAAAGACAAAUGGUGUAAAAAGUGA